AUGAUCAAUAGUGUAAAUGCUUUGGAAUUUUUAAAACCAAAAUUGAUAACCAUGGAUAAAUUUAAUACUACAACUACCACAAAAAUACUUCCACCUUCUUCGCUCUCACAAACGAGGACCUUUGUAACAAUUAGUGGUCAUCAUCACAACACUGCUAUUGAUUCACAGCCACAACAACCGUUUUUAUUUAACGAUGAAAUAAAACAGCAGGAACGUGUUAGAGUUCAACAUUUAGAAAAUCAUACCAAGUUACAAAACAAUAAAUGUUGGAAUAAUUUUCGUACCUUAUACAAUUUAAGUGCCUCCUCAGGUGUUAAGGAUAGGGAAAUGUGUAAAAUACGCCAAGCAAAAGACGAUAAUGAAGUAGAUGUUGUAAAUGUAGAACAUUUAUCCUCAACAACAAUAACACCAAUUAAUAUACAAAAUAAAAGUGCCUUUACUUUAGAUUUAAAUAAUAAGAAAUAUCACAAUAUUAACAAUAAUAAUAGUAUUUGUGGCAAUAAUAAUAAUAUACAAAUAGAUUCUUCAAGAAUCGACGGAACCAAUAAUAACUAUCAGUUAUAUUGCAAACAAUAUAAUACUAAUUAUGGCCUUAUAAAUAAACAAUCACCCACAACAACAAUGAUUGUGAUGUCAACGGGAACUCAGCCACAAGCCUCAACAGCUACCACUCAACGUACUGAAGAUCAAAAUAAAGCUUAUCGUCAUAUUGAAAGUGUCCACAAUUAUGCUAAAUCAAAAUCAUAUGAAGAUGAUGAUGGCAACAAUCAGUCUCCCAAUGGUAGUCGUCAUAGCAGUUACAUUGAUGACGAAGAGGAUGAUGAUGACGAUGAGGAAGAUAAUGAUGAUGACGUUGAUGCAGAAUAUGAUAACGAUGACGAUAUUGACUAUGAGGAUCGUUUAGAAUCGAACGUUGAUUUAGAUGGCGACUACGAAGUUAUUUUCAAUAGAAGCAGACAUAGAUUUCAAAAACUGUCCACUUCAUCAGAUGGUGCUCUUUCAACUAGAAAUGAUAGAAUAACUAGCAGCGAACAUAACAAAUCUGCUCAACUUGUAAAUAUUUUAAAAGAUCAUAAAAUUCAAACUGUUAGAGAAAACAACAAAAACAAAGAUAGUAAUGAGGAUGAGGAAGUUCACAUAGAUGUUGAUGUUGAAACUGUAGAAUCACAAUCUCAGUCGCCCAACAUUCCAAUCGUGGACUCAAAUUCUUCAACUACAAUUGCUAGCAUGGUAAACGAACCUGCUGCUGCUGUUGCCUGUAUUAAACCCGAUCAUCAUGCUCGUCGACCUAUGAAUGCGUUUUUAAUAUUUUGUAAACGCCAUCGUGCUAUUGUUAAGGAGCGUUAUAAAAACUUAGAAAAUAGAGCCAUAACAAAAAUAUUAGGAGACUGGUGGGCCUCCUUAGAAACGAAUGACAAAAAGUGUUUUACAAGUUUAGCUCAACAGAACAAAGAUGCUUUCUUUUCAGCAAAUCCCAAUUUUAAAUGGUACAAACUACCAGCACCUCCUUUACGAACUCUAACAACACGUCCAGCCAAUGCUUUUGGCCCAGAGUAUCAAGAAGAUAACGAAGCCAGUACUCUUGAAAUUAUAAGCAAUAACACACGUAGUAGCAACAAUCAUAGUAACUACUUUAAACUGGCCGACGAAGCACAAAUGGGCGAUUUAAGUCAAUUAAUGCUAGAUAAAUCAAAGGCCACGAAACAAUGUGCGGACUUGCAGCAAGCUCUGGGAGAAACAUCUCAAUUUAUGAGUGCUCAUAUUACAGGCAGUGCUGAGGGCUUAGAUGAAAAUCACUUAAAAAGACGUUUCCACAAUGAGAAUAGUUUUUCGAGUAACAGUAGUGAGGAAGACAUGUUAGAGCCAAAAAAGAAAAGUGCAAGAUCCUGUAAGGGUAAAAGAUAUCAGGAAUUAAUAAAUUCCGGUCAGAUAGCCACAGCUGUAAAGAAAUCAAAGUCCUCAAUACGUUUAGUUGUUGGUGGUGGUGACAACUCCGAUGUGAACAUUAAGCAAAGUUUCUCAAAUGUAAAUAAUUUAAUUAGCAACCUUAGUAAUGUCUGCCCCAAGCGUACUGUGUCCGAAUCCGAAAAUAUGUUGUCAUACGAUUUGGGUGGUUUUGAUUUGGAGGAAAGAAUUAAAGAGCUGCCCGCUUUAAAUUUGGAUGAUUAUUUGCAACGCAAACGUAAUACAAAAAAGAAAAAGAAGUUUUCUUCCACUGGCAAAAAGAGGGGUGGACAACGGGGUAAUACUACAACCAGCAGCAACAACAAUGGCAAUUCAAAUGAAAAAUCCACACAACGAAUUCAAGUUGCAGCUGCUGCACCCUUUCAACACAUGGCCAAACAGCAUCAGCAAGCUGCUGCCACUGCUGUGGGUAGUCAAAAACGUAAGGCUCGCAAAGAAAGCAUUACACGUCGUGAUGUCGCGGCCAUAGAACAAGAAGCAGCCUCUUUGUUACCAUUGACUAUUAAUGGUUGUUGCUAUUUUCAAGAUGCGCCCACAGCCCUUAAAUAUAGAAAAGCAAUUGAAAAAGACACUGAAGCAACAGCAACUGCAACAUCACAAUCACUUAAUAAUGUUACAUCAACAACAUCACCAAUCAUUCCUUUACAACAACUUAACUCUGCAUCAUCAGUAUCUGUUGAUAUUUUCAAUAACAUUAGUUGCAACAACAACAACACCUUAAAUGACAAUAUAUCGUCUACCUCAGAUUUACUCAUACUGGCCGAAGUAGCUGCCAAUCGCACUGAACUAAAGCAUUAAUUCGUUUAUAAAUAAUAUGUAUAUUGUAUGUACUACUCUUCAUAUUAUGUGUAAGUUAUUAUUAACACAUUAUAAUAUGUUGUUUUUAUAAUAAUAUUUAUUUAAUUCUAGUUAAAUAUGUGUUAACUAAUUUAAUUUAAUUAUUUUUACAUUUACAAAAUGUGCAAUAUUUGUUAUUUAUCUUUUCUUUCUUUAGUUUUUUUUUUUUUGGAUUUCUUUUUGUUACGUUAUUGGGAAUCAGAUUUCAUGUGCUAAUAUUUAACAACUUCCCUUUUUAUUCUCAAUAAUAUUGAACUUAUAUCUGUUAAUUACUGCACGACCGUCUAUUACCUAAAAUCAUUUAAUACAAAUAAAGUCUUAUAAUUUAAACAAAAAGGCACUGGAAACUGUUUCUUAACAAUCACAAAUAUAGAGAAAAGAAAUAUAUCCAAAGGAUUAUUUAUAAUUAAUUUUUUUAAAAAUUUAACUUCUUAUUUUGUAUGGAAAAGUCAUUUAUUUUAUUAUUUAUAAAGGCAUUUGUUUUUAAUUCAUGUUUAGUUAAUUCUUUCAUGCUGCCUAAAUUGAAGAAAAUGUUUAAUUUGUUAUUUUAGUCAGCAUUAAGUUAUUGCUUUCUAAAUUUCUUACACUAAGUAGAUUUUUAAGUAAAACUUUAAUUUCUUAAAAUGAAUUUUUUUUAACUAUACAAAAAAGCCUUAUUGUCAUAUUAUUGUUAUAAACAAUUAUUGUUGUAGUUUAAGUCCAUUUUAUUAUUUCUUUUUGUUAUAUGCCACUAUCUAUACUUUUAAAUGAUUUCUCAUUAAUAUGUUCAACAACAAACAGUUUAUAACAAUUAGAAAAGAAUUUUAAAUUAAUCUAGCUUGUUAAGUUUUAUCUCUUUGAGUCAAUCAUAUAUUACAAAUAUUAUCAUCAAAUAAAGUUAUAUUUGUUUUUUAAGAAUUAAA